AAAGAUUUUUUUGCGCGAACGGCGAUCAGUUUAGACCGUGAAUCGCGCGCACUUUUGGCUCCGGCGGGUAGUAUUUCCUCUAAGAAUGGAGCCCAAUGAGAAUAGCGUGAAGCAAUUGGCGAAUGCGCUGGAGGUAAUGGCGUACGGCGACGCGCCUUCGCGCAAGGAAGCGUCGCAGUGGCUGGCGAACGCGGCGGACCAGCCGGGGAUAGCCGCGCUCUACGUGAGACUGCUGGCCACGGAAAAGUUGCCCGAGCACACCCUGCGCGCGGCGGUGGUGCAGUUCUACAGCCUGAUAAAGAACAGCUGGAAUCCGGAGGAAGAAGCGCCGCACCCCGAGUUGGUGGAGAAGGACAAGGAAGCGGUUAGGGCGAGCAUACUCGAGAUGUUCCUGUCGUGCGGGGACGACAGGAUGAGUCGGUGCUUGUGCGACGCGAUAGGGGUGAUCGCUCGCGACGAUUAUGUGUACAAGUGGCCCGAGUUGUUGCCGAAGUUGAGGGGCGUGCUGUGCGCGGAGGACAAGGUCGUCAGGAGGAAGGCGCUGAGGGUGCUGCACCAGGUCUGCAAGCUGUACCGCGGCCAGUCCAUCGGGAACGAGGUGGUGAUGAGGAUGCUGAAGGUGUUGGAGAACGUUGCCGACAGGGUCAGGGAGAUGUUCGCCGCGUGCGCAUCGAGGUUGGAGAGGGUCGGCGACGACGAGGCGGCGCUGGAGGAAGAGUUGGGCGAGCUGAAGUUGUUGUUGGAGGUCUUUUACUCCUUGAACGGCGUCGACUUGCCCAAGGAGUUUUCCGAGUACAUGGACUUUUGGAUGGGCGAACACCACCGCUACAUAUCCAUGGACUGUCAGUACGAGAGGCUGGUCCUGCGCGACGACGGCCAGAGCCCGGGCGUGCUGACUAGGGUGAAGAGGGCGGCGGUGAGGAACAUGUCGAUGUACCUGAGGAAGUACGAGGACGACUUCGAAGAGUACAUACAGGCGUUCGCGCAGGACGCGUGGAAGCUGCUAGAGUGGGUGGAGGGGCGCGGGGGAAAGAAGAAGGAAUGGGCGGAUUCGUUGGUCAUGGCCUCCAUAGAGUACCUGACGCGGGCUUCUCAGUCGUCCAAGCACGCGAUGUUCGCGGACAUGUCCACGCUGAGGGGGCUGUGCGUCGGCGUGGUGGUGCCGAACGUGUCCAUGUCGGCCGAACUUUACGAAAACUUCGAGGGCGACCCGCUGCACUACAUCGAGAUGGACAUGAAGGGCGCCGACACGCUGACGAGAAGGCACGCCGCGAUGGACCUGGUGUUGGGGCUGAGGAAGCACUAUGAGUCCCAAGUGACGGAAAUCGCGCUUUCGCUGAUACAGGAUAUGUUGAAGGAGUACGAGCAGAAUCCAGAAAAGUCCUGGAUUUCCAAGGACAGCGCGAUAUACCUCAUCACGGCCAUUUCCGCCAUAUCAAGAAACUAUAUAAAAGGUGUUUUGACCAUCAAUCCGUUGGUUCCCUUGAAUCCUUUCUUUCACCAGUACAUUUUGCCCGAACUCCAACAGGACCGCUGUCUUGCGACCCCCGUCGUCAAGGCCGACUGUCUGAGAUUCGUGGUCGUCUUUUGGAGACACUUAUCUAUAGACUGGCGGGACUCGAUGAUCCCGCUCAUCCUGAACUGUCUCAAGAGCCAGCACGUGCCGGUCGUGAGCUACGCGUCCAUAAUUCUAGACGCCAUCGCCACCUCUAGAGACCCGCAAUCCAGGAUGCACUGCGUCCCCAUCGACGCCGUCUUGCCGCACCUUGAGUCGAUUUUCGGCAACCUCUUCGCCGUCGGCCAGGGAUCCGCCAAGCCGGCUCUCACCGAGAACACCUACGUCGGCUCCGCGAUCGCCCACCUCAUCUCCUACUCCAAGUCGCACGUGGUCCCCUACGCCGUCCAAUGCCUCACCCACCUGACCAACAAGCUCUCCAGGAUCUACCGAAACCCGAUCUACCCGGACUACAUCCAUUACCUCUUCGAGGCCAUCUCCAGCAUCAUCAAGACCCUCGUCGUCACGGGCAACGCGUCCGUCUUCCAGUCCGCCGAGACGCACCUCCUGCCAGCCUUCCUCGUCAUCCUGGGCGAGGACAUCAUGGACCUCACGCCCUACGUCUUCCAAAUCGUCGCUCAACUCAUGGAGGCCAAGCGGAACUCCCCGGACGCCCUCCUCACCCAGUACGGCAACUACUUCCCCCAAUUCACCUCGCCCACCUUCUGGGAGCGCGUCGGCAACAUUCCCGCCCUCACCAGACUCCUCGUCGACUACAUCCACUUCGUGCCCGCCUUCGUCGCCGAACCGACCCGCCUCAGCGCCGUGCUGGGCAUCUUCAACAGACUGCAAAAACGGCGCGGCUUCCAGCAGUACAGCUUCCAGCUCGUCCAAGCCAUCUUCGUGUACAUGGACCAGGCGUCCUGGAACUAUCACGCACUCAAAAUAUACCACCUGCUCCUCGACAACCUGGGCAACAACCACCACCGCAUCUCGUACGUGCACCCGUUCAUCUCGUUCGUAUCGUGUCUGUUCUACGCGAAGGGCGCCUCCUUCGUGCUGGAGCCCCUCGAACUCGUCAGAAAGGACUCCUCUCAACUCGUCAUCAACCUCUUCGUCGAGUCCCUCCCGACCAUGCCCUAUCGCUACUACCACGACGUGGCCAUCGGCACCGUCGCCUUCCUCUCCGACCCCAUCUCUGUGUCCCACUACGAGCCGUCGUGGCUCCCGCUCCUCUGCUCGGUCAUAUCCAUGCUCACGGCCUGCAAACUCGCGAAACUCGAAGACGAGAAGCUCGGGUUCCAAGAAGCCUGGACCGGCGAAUUCUCGAAACUUUCCUCCUCCGACUCCCCCAUCCACUGUCCGAUCCCCCCGGAACUCGACGAGUGCGUCUACAUCUCCAACCAGCUGAAACAACUCGCCUCCUCGAACCAACUCCUCGCCUCGAAAAUUCAAAGCAUCUACUCCACAGACCUGUCCGCGGGACUCCAGGAAAUCAUGACGAAUAGAGCCUAGUCUUCCUCCCCCGACCUCGGGAAACGCCCCCCCCCCCCGGGACCACCUCGC